AUGGCUUCUGCCCCGCCAGUCACCUCCGUCGGCCACGGCGGGUCAACGCAGAAGACCACGUUCAACAUCGGCACGCGCAAGUCGAAGCUCGCCCUCUUGCAAACGGAUAUCGUGCUGGAAGCGUUGAAGAAGGCGUGGCCAGGGUAUGAAUUCAAUGUGCAAUCAAAAGACACUGCGGGGGAUCAGAAUACUACGAUUGCUCUGCGGGACUUCGUUACCAAAAAUCUCUGGACUCAGGAAUUGGAGGAGUUGCUUGUCGCUGGGCAUCUAGAUCUCAUCGCUCACUCCCUCAAAGGUAAGCGCCCAGACUGUUCUUGUAUGUACACCUCGUGCCUUUCUCCGUCGCUGACGCCGCUGGGCCCCUCACUAGAUGUACCGACGCUCCUGCCCCCCACGUGCGCGUUGGGCGCCAUAAUGGAACGCGAAGAUCCACGAGAUGUGUUGGUUAUGAAGAAGGGACUGCCGCACUCGACUCUCGCCGAACUGCCAGCAGGCUCCGUAGUCGGAACAUCCUCUAUACGACGCACGGCUCAAUUGGCCUUGAAGUACCCGCAUUUGAAGGUCCAGGAUGUUCGUGGAAACAUUGGGACACGUCUGUCUAAGCUAGACGCGGAAGAUAGCCCCUUCACCUGUCUCAUACUGGCUGCGGCAGGUUUGCUGCGUUUGGGUCUUGAGGACCGCAUUUCUCAGUAUCUCGACUCCAAGAAUGGCGGCAUGUUGCAUGCAGUCGGCCAGGGAGCGAUUGCUGUUGAAAUUCGCGCCAACGACAACGCCGCUAUCGAGUUGCUGAGCAAGAUCGGACAUGAGCAAACCACACUGGCAUGUUUGGCAGAACGCAGUCUCUUGCGGACCUUAGAGGGCGGUUGCAGUGCACCGUUAGGCGUGGAGUCUGAUUGGAUCCAAGAGGCUGAUGGGAAGCCAAAAUUGCGUAUGAGAGCAAUCGUUGUCAGUGUCGAUGGCUCUCGUAGUGCUGAAGCCGAAGUCACCGGUAGUGUUGAGUCACGUACGGCCGCCGAAGCGUUUGGCUUGGAGGUUGCGAAAGAGCUGGUUGCUAAGGGAGCGGGUUCCAUUCUCGAAGAGAUUAAACGUAAUAAGGCGACGUCGUGA